GAUUCCGGUUGUUUUCUGGUGUCACUACGGCUGGUGAGUAGAAGUAGCGGAGGUGUAGUCGAGGAACGGACGAUAAAACCACUCAUCUUAAGAUCAAGGAUGCCAGCUCCGAUCAGACUGCGGGAGCUGAUCCGUACCAUCCGGACAGCUCGGACCCAGGCCGAGGAGCGGGAGAUGAUCCAAAAAGAAUGUGCUGCCAUCAGAUCAUCCUUCAGAGAGGAAGACAACACUUAUCGCUGUCGAAAUGUGGCAAAGUUGCUUUACAUGCACAUGUUGGGCUACCCAGCACAUUUUGGGCAGUUGGAGUGCCUGAAGCUGAUUGCAUCACAGAAGUUCACGGACAAGCGAAUAGGGUACUUGGGGGCCAUGUUGCUGUUGGAUGAGAGGCAGGAUGUCCAUCUACUCAUGACAAACUGCAUUAAGAACGAUCUAAAUCACAGUACACAGUACGUCCAGGGUUUGGCCCUGUGCACCCUGGGAUGCAUGGGUUCGUCAGAAAUGUGUCGUGACUUGGCAGGGGAAGUCGAGAAGCUCCUCAAAACAUCAAACUCUUACUUGAGGAAAAAGGCAGCGCUGUGUGCGGUUCAUGUUAUUCGCAAGGUCCCAGAGUUGAUGGAAAUGUUCCUGCCUGCAACGAAAAACCUGCUGAGUGAGAAGAAUCAUGGCGUUCUCCACACGUCUGUUGUUCUUCUCACUGAAAUGUGCGAACGAAGUCCCGACAUGCUGACUCACUUCAGAAAGAAUGAAAAGCUGGUUCCACAAUUGGUGCGAAUCCUGAAGAACCUGAUCAUGUCUGGCUACUCUCCCGAGCACGAUGUGUCUGGAAUCAGUGAUCCUUUCCUGCAGGUCCGGAUAUUGAGGCUACUGAGAAUUCUGGGAAAGAGUGAUGAUGAUUCUAGUGAAGCUAUGAACGACAUUCUUGCACAGGUUGCAACAAACACAGAAACCAGUAAAAAUGUAGGUAAUGCAAUCCUGUAUGAAACUGUUCUUACCAUUAUGGACAUCAAAUCAGAGAGUGGUUUACGGGUUUUAGCUAUUAAUAUCCUGGGACGAUUUCUUCUCAACAAUGACAAAAACAUCAGAUAUGUGGCAUUGACAUCUUUACUGAAAACAGUGCAGACAGACCACAAUGCCGUACAAAGGCAUCGGAGUACCAUUGUGGACUGCCUGAAAGACCUGGAUGUCUCCAUCAAAAGACGUGCGAUGGAGCUGAGCUUUGCCCUUGUCAAUGGCAACAACAUCAGAGGUAUGAUGAAGGAGCUUCUCUACUUCCUCGACUCCUGCGACCCAGAAUUCAAAGCUGACUGCGCGUCAGGAGUCUUCCUGGCUGCAGAGAAGUAUGCACCCUCCAAAAGAUGGCACAUAGACACCAUAAUGAGGGUGUUAACGACGGCAGGAAGUUAUGUUCGAGAUGACUCUGUCCCUAACCUCAUCCAGCUAAUCACCAACAGCGUGGAGAUGCACGCUUACACUGUGCAGAGACUUUACAAAGCCCUGCUGGAUGACAUCUCGCAGCAACCUCUGGUGCAGGUGGCCUCUUGGUGCAUAGGAGAAUAUGGAGAUCUACUGGUGUCAGGCCAGUGUGAGGAGGAGGAGCCUAUCCAGGUUACAGAAGAUGAAGUCUUGGAUGUUUUGGAAGGUCUGCUAGUCUCUAACUUGUCCACACCUGUAACCCGAGGAUAUUCACUGACUGCCAUCAUGAAGCUGUCCACUCGUUUCAGCAGUGUAAACCGAAUAAAGAAAGUGGUGUCGAUAUACGGCAGCAGCAUAGAUGUGGAGCUGCAGCAGAGAGCUGUGGAGUACAACGCACUUUUCAAGAAAUACGAUCACAUGAGGCCUGCCUUACUAGAGCGGAUGCCCAUCAUGGAGAAAACGGCCACCAACGGCCCUACAGAAAUUGUACAGACCAACGGAGAGACAGAGUCCUCUGACUCGAAACAUAUGCCCAGCAUUGCACAGCCAGCAAAUCAGGCAAAUGAUUUGUUAGACCUGCUUGGAGGGCACGACGUGGGCCCUGUGAUCCAAACAGCUCUGCCUACUAAACCUGCCUCAGCGGGCGGAGAACUGCUCGAUCUCCUGGGGGACCUCUCUCUUUCCGGUGGCCCCGCCCCUAGCCCCACCCCCUCUGUGACCAUCUCCCAGCCUCCUUUCCUCCUGGAUGGCCUCUCUUCACAGCCCCUUUUCAAUGACACUGCAGCAGGUAUUCCUCCAAUGACUGCGUACAACAAGAAUGGCCUGAAAAUCGAGUUCACAUUUGAGAGGUCCAACCCCAACCCCAACAUUUCAGUAAUUACCAUCCACGCCUCCAACACCACAGAGGCCGACAUGACGGACUUCGUGUUCCAAGCUGCAGUACCAAAGACGUUCCAGCUGCAGCUCCUUUCACCCAGUAGUAAUGUUGUCCCAGCACUCAACCAGGGAAACAUCACACAGGUCAUCAGGGUGCUUAACCCACAGAAGCAGCAGCUCCGAAUGCGGAUCAAGCUGACGUACACCUACAAGGGCGCGCCUGUUCAAGACUUGGCCGAGGUCAACAACUUCCCUCCACAGUCGUGGCAGUGAUUGUGCUGUUACUCUCCACCUUAAAGACCCCCACCAAGGGAACUAUGGGAAAGAUUGCCCUUCCCUGUCCCUGACUGAUCCCCCUGUGACAUCACUGCACAUCGCUGCCCUGGGGUUGCAUGGGAAGCAGUGGAAUUUUACACGCACGCACAUGUGCACACACACAGAAAAGAGUUGAUGGUAUGAAGACCAUGUGGAUGAUUACAGUGAUGAUGAUGAACCAUCACCUGAAAUGUCAGUGCAUAUUCAUUUUACUAACAGCGCCCCUCAGUCAUUUGGUCUAUUAGGUCUAUACCACAGUCUAUUUGUCUGUCAUUGGCUGCUUGCUUCUAAAUCUCACACACACACACACACACACACACACACACACACACACACACACACACACACACACACACACGCGCGCGCACAAAAUCAACCUACAAUCCCAGCCCCCCAUCUCUCUCUCUCUCUCUCUCUCUCUCUCUCUCUCUCUC